AUGGGAAUCGAACAAAUAGAUGGUCCGGAACCAGCCCGAAACAUCAAGAUUCCUAAAGGAUUCAGAGAAAGUGGAUUUCAUUUUCCGGUUACAACUCCUCAAGGACCAACUCUUCGCUAUUUCGGUGCUAGCUCGGCCUUUUCACUCGCCGUCUUCAUCGUGGCCAAGGUCCGCAAUGACCCGAGAUUUUCUCUUCCCAAAAUUGGCAGUCAUAUCACUACCGAUAUGGAGCCGGCCGACUUCCAUGGCAGCUGCAAUUGCACAAUAACCAAGUCUAUGGUAGAACGGUCCGUGGAGCUGUACAUGAGAUCCAUCCACAUUUUAUAUCCCUGCUUGGACGAACAGGCCAUUGGGCUGGAUUUGGAAGCCUACUGGGACAUUCAAAGCAACGACAUUGACCCUGGCACCCUCAAAGGCCAACAAGCCCAUCAAUUCUUUCGCAUCAAGAUUAUUGCAGCAAUUGCCAGCGCUAGCAGAUCGCGGCACAAUGCUAGCAGGAUUGCCUGUGAUCAUGGAUGCUAUGUCGAAGCAUUGAAAUGUAUCGCCGAAGUGACCUCAGAAGUCUCGGCCGAUUCCCUUCGUGCAUUGAUGUUGUUGAUCAUAUAUUGUCUCUUUCGGCCUCGGAAGGGAGAUAUAUGGAGACUCUUGGAUUACGCAUGCCGUCUGUGUCUGGAACUGGGUUAUCAUACGGAGUCCGGAUCCGAUGUCUCCGUGGUGAACCGUGAACAGCAGAAGAAUAUUUUUUGGAGCUUAUACACUCUCGAGAAGAUAGUGAGCCAACUCUUCGGCCGGCCGUCGGAAUUUCCGGACGCAAUAGUCACCGCCGAAUGUCCCAAUUCCAACAUACUCGGCGUUGGCGAGGAGACUCCUGUGGGUGUUGAAUCACAUUUCGUCAUUGAACAUUAUCGACUGGUCUCUCUUCGAUCCAAGCUGUUCAAUCAGCUCUAUCUCUUUGAUGGGGCUGCGAACCGCGAUAUGUCGUGGUAUCAAACACGGCUUACCACCCUGGACACUUGGUAUACCAAGACGAAGGAGGUCAUCGCUCCCGCCGGUGUGGGUCAACUUACUUGUACGGUGGCUUUUCACGCAACGAUCCUUUUCCUUUUCCAACCCUUGAUGAUGGAGGCCUUGAAUUCGGUGCGUGACGGAAGCUUUCAACCAGGUCACAUUGAAUACAUACCGUCUGAAAUCUUCUUGUCAGCUGGAAGGCUAAUUGAGGUCUACGAAGAAAUUCUACGUGCACCGCGAGACAGUGUGCUCGGAACUUAUCCAAUGACUUUUAUGUCGGCACAUUACAUAUUCCUCGCGAGUAUGACGAUCACGGCAUACUUUCUCUUUUACUUAGAUGGGCGGAUUCCUUUCCAGACGAUGAUAGUCAACCCCGAUUAUCUCCAAGAAACAGCCAGGAUCAAUCUUGAGAGUUUAUGUCAGAUAUCGAACUCAUGUUUGAUACUGCUCACCUUCUGCGCAGAAAAGUGGCCAGGAUUGGUGGGGAUGAGGGAUAUCUACCGGCAGCUUUCAGACCAGAUAUUAAAACACGUUCUGGUGAAGUACUACGCACAGAACUGCCAGUAA